GUAGAACAGGAGCUACGACGACAACGCGUGUUGUGAACUGUUGGAAGAAACCAGUUGUGAAUCUUUAGUGGGGAGCCAGCAUCAUGACCAAAGAGGAGGAGAUCCCAGACUGGGUGGGAGCGAAGGAGUUCUAUGACAAAUAUGAGCCCAAGGAGAUUCUGGGCAGAGGUGUGAGCAGCGUGGUGCGCCGCUGCGUCAACAAACGAACCUCCCAGGAAUACGCUGUGAAGGUCAUCGACAUCACGCCCUCUGACAAGAUGACUUCCCGGGAGAUCGAGGAGAUCAGAGAGGCCACGGUGAAGGAGAUCGACAUCCUGAAGAAAGUCUGCGGACAGGAAAACAUCAUACAGCUCAAAGACUGCUACGAGACCAACGCCUUCUUCUUCUUGGUUUUCGAUCUGAUGAGGAAGGGAGAACUUUUUGACUACCUCACAGAGAAAGUUACGCUAACUGAGAAGGAGACCAGAAAGAUCAUGCGUGCUUUGUUGGAGGUGGUCCAGUUUCUUCACUCCCAGAACAUCGUCCACCGGGACCUGAAGCCUGAAAACAUCCUUUUAGAUGACAACAUGAACAUCAAACUCACAGACUUUGGGUUUGCUGUGCAAAUACAGCCAGACCAGAGACUUAAAGAUGUGUGUGGGACUCCUGGUUACCUUGCUCCUGAGAUCAUCGAGUGCUCCAUGGAUGCAGGACACAAAGGAUACGGCACAGCUGUUGACAUAUGGAGUGCAGGAGUCAUCAUGUAUACGCUGCUCGCAGGCUCUCCGCCCUUCUGGCACAGAAAACAGAUGCUGAUGCUGCGGAUGAUCCUAGCAGGGAAAUACGACUUCUCGUCUCCAGAGUGGGAGGACAGCUCGGACACGGCCAAAGAUCUGAUCUCCCGGAUGCUGGUGGUGGAUCCAGUACAGCGGGUCACAGCGACAGAGGCUCUCAGUCACUCGUUCUUCUCGCAGUAUGUGGUGAACGAAGUGCGGCAGUUCAGUCCUUACAGGAAGUUCAAGGUCAUCUGUAUAACUGUUCUCGCCACGAUGAGAAUCUACUGCAGCUACAGGAGGGCCAAGCCCGUUACCAAGGAGGUGAUCAAGAGUGACCCAUACGCCGUCAAACCCAUCCGUAAACUGAUCGACGCCUGCGCCUUCAGGAUCUACGGCCACUGGGUCAAGAAGGGUCAAACUCAGAACAGAGCAGCACUUUUUGAGAACUCUCCAAAGGCCAUCCUGCUGUCACUAGCUGCCGAAGCAGAGGAGCAGGACCAACCCAGCUUAUAACACACCUGAAGGACUGGGAUUUG